AUGGAUGCUUUGAAACAGUCCAAAGCAAAACAAGAGGACAAAAAAGUGGUUUUGAAAUCCAAAAAAGAGAAAGAAAAGGAAAAAAAGGAAAAGGAAAAACAAAGAAAAAAAGAAUUAGCCAAAAAGAAGAAAGCUCAACAACAACAAAAGAAACAGGAAAUAGCUACUAUAAAUCAGAAAAAUGCCCAACAAGUCCAACAAGCCAAAGAUGAUUCCCCUUCUCCCUCUCCAUCUCCUGCUCCUCAAUCAAAGUCUGCUGUUGGAGGAAAGAAAAAUGCCAAAAAAGGUGGUAAAAAAGUCAAUGCAAGCAUUGCUUUGUUGAAAAAACAAAUGGAGUUAAGAAAACAAGCUGAAGAAGAAGAAAAAAGAAGAAUAGAAGAAGAAGAAAGAUUGGCCAGAGAAGAAGAAGAGAGACUAAUUGCUGAAGAAAAAAGAAAAGAAGAAUUGAAGAAAGCAAAAAAAGAAAAAGAAAAAUUAAGGAAAGAAAAAUUAAAAGCAGAAGGUAAAUGGCUAAACAAAAAACAAAAAGAAGCUAAAAAAGAACAAGAAAGAAAAAAACAAUUGUUUUUGGCUUCAAGUAAUAUUCAAAUUGCUGCUCUAGAAAAUAAUGAAGCCUCUAAAUCAAAGAAAGUCGUAUACGGGGACAAAAAGAAGAAAUUAAAGAAACCAAAAUCAGUUGAUGAAGAAUCUUUAUCCAAAUCUGCUGAUCCAUCUCAAUCUACUCAAAAUUUUCUUGAGGAUAAUGAAGAAGACUCUUUCAUUGAUGAAGCUUUAGUUGAUGAUUGGGAAGCUAUGGUUAUUGAUGAUGAUGAACCUCUUAACGAAAAUUGGGAAGAUGAUGCAGACGAGGCAGAUAAUCAAGAAAAAGAGAUAGAAAAAGAAGAUCAGAAAUCUAAAAAAGGUCAAACUCAAGCUAAACAAGAGCUUAUUUCUUCUGCAACACCUGCAAAUGUUUCUUCUGCUCCAGCUGUACAGAAAAAUAGCGCAACUCCAGAAUCCACCAACUCACCUAUUCUUCCUUCAAAAUCUUCUUCAACUACUCAAUCCAAAUCUAAAAAAGAUCUACGUUCUCCAAUUUGUUGUAUUUUAGGUCAUGUUGAUACCGGUAAAACUAAGCUAUUGGAUAAAAUUAGACAAACUAAUGUUCAAGGUGGUGAAGCUGGUGGUAUUACCCAACAAAUCGGGGCCACUUAUUUUCCAAUUGAUGCAAUCAAAAAGAAGACUGUUGCUAUGGCUGAAUAUGAAAAACAAACGUUUGAUGUUCCCGGUUUAUUAGUUAUUGAUACACCGGGCCAUGAAUCCUUUACCAAUUUAAGAUCAAGAGGUUCUUCCUUAUGUAAUAUUGCUAUUUUAGUUAUUGAUAUCAUGCAUGGUUUGGAACAACAAACUAUUGAAUCAAUUAGAUUGUUAAGAGAUAGAAAAGCUCCCUUUAUUGUCGCUUUAAAUAAAAUUGAUAGAUUAUAUGAUUGGCAAACUAUUCCAAAUAAUUCUUUCAGAGAUUCGUUUUCUAAGCAAAAGCACACUGUUCAACAAGAAUUUGACGAUAGAUACCAAAAAAUUAAAGUCCAAUUGGCAGAACAGGGUCUUAAUUCUGAGUUAUACUUCCAAAAUAAAAAUAUUGCCAAGUUUGUUUCAAUUGUUCCAACUUCUGCUGUUACUGGUGAAGGUAUUCCUGAUCUUUUAUGGUUAUUAUUAGAAUUAACUCAAAAAAGAAUGUCAAAACAAUUAAUGUAUUUGUCCGAAAUUGAAGCAACUAUUUUGGAAGUCAAAGUUGUCGAAGGUUUUGGUACUACUAUUGAUGUUAUUCUUUCUAAUGGUGUAUUACGUGAAGGUGAUAGAAUCGUACUUUGUGGUCUAAAUGGCCCGAUUGCGACAAAUAUAAGAGCUUUGUUAACCCCUCAACCACUUCGAGAGUUGAGAAUCAAAUCUGAAUAUGUCCACCAUAAAGAAGUUAAAGCAGCUCUUGGUGUUAAAAUAGCUGCCAAUGAUUUGGAAAAAGCAGUUGCCGGUUCUAGAUUAUUAGUCGUUGGUCCAGAUGAUGAUGAAGAAGAUUUCUUGGACGAUGUUAUGGAAGAUAUUACUGGUUUAUUGGACUCUGUCGAUAGUUCUGGUAGAGGUGUGACAGUUCAAGCAUCCACAUUAGGUUCUCUUGAAGCCUUAUUAGAUUUCCUUAAAGAUAUGAAAAUUCCUGUUAUGUCUGUUGGUUUAGGUCCUGUUUUUAAGAGAGAUGUCAUGAAAGCAACCGCAAUGCUUGAAAAGGCUCCUGAGUUGGCUGUUAUGCUUUGUUUUGAUGUUAAAAUUGAUAAAGAAGCAGAACAAUAUGCUCAUGAGCAAAACAUUACAAUUUUCAAUAAAGACAUUAUUUAUCACUUGUUUGAUGAAUUUACUGCUUAUCAAGAAAGAUUACUUCAAAAGAAAAGAGAACAAUUUGCUGAUUUUGCAAUUUAUCCAACUGUUCUUAAAACCAUUCAAAUUAUCAAUAAAAGAAAUCCAAUGAUUAUUGGUGUUGAUGUUGUUGAGGGAUCCUUAAGAAUUGGUACACCAAUUUGCGCUGCUAAAAUUCAUCCAGAAACAAAACAAAAAGAUAUUUUAUUAUUGGGUAAAGUUGUUAGUUUGGAAGUCAACCAUGAGUCAAAAAGUAUCGUCAAGAAAGGUCAAACUGCUGCAGGUGUUGCCAUGAGAUUAGAAAACGCUUCUACAGCCCAACCUACUUGGGGAAGACAUGUUGAUGAAAAAGAUACAUUAUACUCUUUAAUUACAAGAAAAAGUAUUGAUACUUUGAAAGAUCCUGCUUUUAGAGAUCAAGUUCCAAGGGAAGAUUGGUUAUUAAUCAAAAAACUUAAACCAAUAUUCGAAAUUAAAUAG